AUGUGGCUCUUUAGAGGUGCUCAGUCUGCUGUUUUCUACUAUCUGUCUUGUACUCCAUGUAUCAAUUCCAGCGAGCGUCAUAAGCGCAAGAGGGAAGCGUUUCGUUCCCAGAAAGAAAAGGCAAAAGCCAACGCUGUUGUUACCGACCAACCAAGGGCCUUCCUACAACCCACCCCCUUCAGCACCAAUCCAGGAUGGGCAGAAGAAAUAUCCCUUGGUCCGGGACCUCCGGCAAGGAAGGGACGUCACAAGGCCGAUCGAGAAUGUCCCGGGUCCUCUUCCUCGGAGGACGAAGUAUCCAACAGGACGGAAAAAGGUGCCCGUGGAGAACGUCGGAAUUGGAUGCGUUACCAACGUGAAGACGAGCCAUUGUGGGGCCAGGGUUUGAAGGGCUCAUCUGUUGGUAUCUCUGGUCGUGCCAGAGCUGACACGGAUACCUCUAACAGUUACUACAUCCCCCGGGUGCCUCCGGUCAACGACCUUCACCCUCCUAUCGUCAGCGGCCCCAAGAGUCGGGCUGAAGUAAAGUGGAUGCUUCAGCCGCCACCCAGUGCCAAGGUUAUGGCUGGGAAGGAGAAGUCCACCACUGUCCGGGAACUUCCGCGCCGCAGGACUCUCAAUAAUCUUCGUUCUGAGGAUGGCGAAGACGAACCCAAAAUAUCUGAGCCGGAAAACGGAAAACUUAGUUGCCGCUUGAACCCUUCACCGCGCAGAAGCGGUGUCUCUCAUCUUCCCAGUCCUGCUGUUCGAUCGAAGAAGACUGUAAUAACAUGUCCUGCUACCCUCUCCGACGGGUUGUACGAUGAUACCACUAGCUCCUCUGAAUGUGAUCUAAGAAUUCCUUGUGAGCCUUCUCCGACUUUUCGUCCUCCAUCCAGAAGUUUUUCUUGCGACACCCUUAGAAGCCUCGGCUUCGGAUGGGAAACAAUCACGUAUUCUAUGGAAUACAGACUGAGAUUCGGAAGAAACCCAACUGAAUGCUCAAGCAUUUACUCUCGUCGGACCAAAUCUCCAAAACUCACUGCCAGCGGAUCGAUUGAUUACCGCUCGCCUCCUUCUAACGGUAGCUAUCUCCACGCUCCCCAAAGAAGCAACAGCAAAAACGUACAGUUGUGGCAUUUGGAAAUCAACGACGAUGGUUCCCACGAUAUAGCUGUCGGCCAGCUUGACAGCAUACAGCCUGCCCGUUGGAGUAUUGACUUUUGA